AUGAAUGGACUCCAAUGUGAUUGUAAGAUGAUGGAGUCUGGUUUACUCUCCAAGGAGGUGGCAAAGGAAGUUCUCAAGAGGAAAAAGAAAAGGAUUCAACAGAAUAAGCUAGAUUCGUCGAAGAAAGCUGUUGUGACCAUAAAGAAAAAUGCUGAAACUAUUCCUAAGACAACACCGCCACCAGAUUCUAAAUCUACAGUUAUGUCAAAGCAGUCCAAGAAGCACAAGAUGGAGUAUAAAGCUUGUGAUGAUGGAUCAUAUGAUGACUUUGUUCCGGGUAGUGGGAUGCAAUCAUCAGUUCUAGGAAUGGAAGAUCACACAAAUUUUCAAAAUCAGUCGAUAUCUUCUAAUUUCGGGAAGAAAAUUGAGACCAAAUCAAACGAUGUCGUCCUGACUAAGGAUAAUUCAGUGGAGCUUGUGGAAACUCUGGCGAUCACAAAUGGGUACUUAUCAGAGAAUACUUUGUCAUCUGGGAGCAAUAUUAUUGUUUUGCCCUUGGACUCGACGGCGUCCCGGGUGGUGGAGAGAGUGAUUCUGGGUAUGGAGGUGAGGAAAGAUUUAUAG